UGUCAUUCGAUUGAUACGAAGGAAGUCUUUAGACGAUACACCACCGACGUAAUUGCUACGGCAGCCUUUGGCAUAAGUGUAAAUUCUAUGAAAGAUCGAGACAAUGAAUUCUACAUAAGAGGAGUGAAGACGGCUAAAUUUCCUACGGGACUACUAAGGAUGGCCAAGUUAAUGAUUUUAAUCUUACUUCCACGGUUUGCCAAAUCAAUUGGGCUGACUUUUUUUCCAUCGACUACGACCGAGUUUUUCAAAAAGAUCGUACAUGAAACAAUUAGAGCGCGAGAAGAACAAAAUAUCGUCAGACCGGACAUGAUUCAUUUGUUAAUGCAGUCUCGGAAUAAAGACAGUGUGCACAAAAUGUCAUUGGAUGACAUAGUUUCGCAAGCUUUUAUUUUUUUUCUUGCGGGUUUCGAAACUUCUGCGAUCCUGAUGUGUUUCGUUGCUCACGAAUUGGCGGUUAAUCAAGAUAUUCAAGAUCGUUUGCGUCUGGAAGUACAGCAACAUCUUGCCGACGGAAACAGUGAGAUUUCUUAUGAGUCGCUAUCCAAGAUGACUUACAUGGAUAUGGUGAUUUCAGAAGCUCUCAGAAAAUAUCCACCACAGUUUGUCACAGACAGACUUUGUGUAAAGAGAUACGAACUGCCCCCAUCGCAACCAGGUCGCAAGAAUGUAAUCGUCGAACCUAACGAUGCAGUGCUGUUUCCUGUUUAUGGUAUACAUCACGAUCCGAAGUAUUUUCCGAAUCCGAAUAAAUUCGAUCCCGAAAGAUUCAGCGAAGAAAACAAAGAUAACAUAUUACCCUACACUUAUCUACCAUUCGGUCUUGGGCCCAGAAUGUGUAUUGGCAAUCGGUUUGCUCUUAUGGAAACUAAGAUCCUGAUAGCUCAUCUUUUACAAAAGUUUACUUUGAAAACUACGAAAAAAACCGUGGAACCU